AGUAGUAAGAGGACUGUUUUGUCAAAUUUCAUUCAGAAGGAGUUGUUCAAUACUGAAUAUAGCAAAUGUAGCUUUAUUCUUGACUAGAUUUUAAAUUUUCAUCCAUCCCUUAUACUCGAGUGAACUAAUUCAUUACAAUAUGGUUUCCUUAGAAGAUAGCUGGAAAGAAGCAACCGAGGGACUAGAUACCGAAAUUUGUGACACCUGGUUUUUGAAACUUCAGGAAGUUUAUUCCGAAGAAAAACGAACCUAUCACAAUUUGGAAUCGCUUUGUGAAAAGCUCGAUCAUUUUCACGAAAUAAAAGAGAGUGUCAAAAACCCCCAGGCGCUCCUUUUAGCAGUUUUCUUUCAAAAUUUCGAGUAUGAUCCAAAGGCUCUCGAUGGUGAGAACAAGAAUUUGGAACACUUUAUAGCUUUUGCGGAUGACGUCGGAAUUCCAGCUGAGGGAGAAUUACGAGAAGAGACUUGUUGUCUUUUGAGGGCAGCAGCGACGCACAGCACCGAAGCUCAUAAAAUUGGAGGUGCAUUUGGAGGCGAGGAUGCUCAUUAUCUAUUAGAUUUAGAUAUGGCGGUUUUGGGAGCUGCACCUGAGAAAUACGCAGAUUACAGAGAACGAAUCCGCGGGGAAUAUUCUUUUUUGAGUGAACCGAUGUACACUGCACUCAGGCUCAAGGUCUUGCAGAAUUUCGUGCAGAUCCCCAAUAUUUUUGCAACCAAAGAAUUUCGAGAAAAGUUUGAAGAACAGGCGCGACAAAAUAUUCAAGCAGAAGUGGAACUUCUGUCGUAGAAUGUUAAAAAAAAUUCUUACGACAUCUUUGAGAAUUGUCUUCAUGAAGGAAAGACUAGUUGCUCACGAAACUGGAUUGUGUGCUCGAAACUUAGAUCUCAGGUCCGUGUUGGAUGCACGGAAUUUGGAUUUUGUUUGAAGAAAAGUUUGUAUGUUUCAAAUGGUAAUGCUGUGGCACAAGCACGAAGGAAUUAGCGACCAGGAAUAUAGGUCGUAAAAAAGAAAAGAUUAUAUGAGUGUGUGUUUUAACUGUUUAUUUUACGUUGCAAUAGGUUUUUUCGAAAGUACAACAGAUUUUCUAAUUUUAAGUAUCUCCAGUAAUACCCUCUAAUAAGGGGCCGUUUCAAAAAUACGUCAGACUGCCAGGGGCUAGAGACAUAUAAAUGUGAAUAACAAUUUUUUGAAAUCCUCUAAGAAAUCCAAAUUAGUUAUUUUAUUUCACAAGUACAGCACCCAAUAAUGAAAUCCAAAUACUUUUCGUUGAAAGUUCAUUCAUUUUAACUGAAAUAUCUAAUAUUAUAUUUUUUGUUCCGAAUUCUUCUCUU